AAGCCGACGCACGCGGUUCCCGAGAAUCUCGAAACGCCAUCAUGAAAUUAUCAACGACGACCUUGCUCGUGGUGGCGCCCCUCGCCCUCCUGACGCUGAAGGAGGUCGAGUCCAAAGAGAGAGAGGAGACGACCGAGAGAAACGCCCCGCAGGUCUACACAUACAGGCCCCCAAACCAAGGCUCCGUCUACCCUCACAACGUCUACCCGAACAGCAUCUACCCGAACGGAGUCUACCCUAACAACGUCACUCCUUAUAACCCAUCAAACCCAGCGUACAACCCCGCCUAUAAUCCCUCCGUGACGAAUAACAAUUAUCCAGGGACUGUGGGAGGGGUCUAUCCUUACAACGGCGUGGGGGUCGGGGGUCAAGAGGCUUUCACGGUGAGGAGAGCUUCGCCUUACACGACGCAGGGAUCGAAGGUUAUCUUCACCGACCUCGUCACGCAGGUGGGAUCCGGGUGGAACAUCGCAUCGGGUGAGUUCGUGGCGCCAUCUGCUGGACUCUACUUCUUCGCCUUCUCUGCGGUCUCCGACAGGUACAAUCACUUCAGAAUAACGAUGCAACACAACAGCCGUGACGUAGUGAGCGCGUUCGGGGAUUCAAGCGGAUACCAGAUGGGCAGCCAGAGCGCCAUUCUCAGCCUCAACGCAAGAGACCGCGUUUUCCUAAGACUGGAUGAGGGCCGACUGCAUGACGUCACAUCCACUAGGGCUUACACCACCUUUUCAGGAUUUAGGAUCUUUUAAAGUAUUUUUUGUAGUGGUUUACAGUCGAUGGACAUGAAGUAGUUUUUAAUCCAUUUGGGAUAUGUGCUUUAUGGCGGCUGAUUCGUUUUUUGACUUAUUGUUUAAUUAAUAACAAGGUUUUGCAGCUAUCUAUAAUUAGCCAAAUGGGAUUAUAAAAUGCUAUGCAAAAUAUACUUGAUUGGGGGUAGAAAACUUAGAAGACUUAGAAUAUUUGAAUUAAGGGUGAUAAAUAUAUUUUUUUAAUAUAUUGGAGAAACAUUUGCAUCUCCUUCCCUUCAUCCAGUAAUAUAACCUUCAAAAAAAUUAUCUUAGUAUAUUCAUUAUGUGUUUAUUUUAGCGUUUAGAAUUAGUUUUACACUUAUAGAUAAAAGAAAAUUCGUUUACAAAAAUCCAAUAUGCAGUGUGAUGGUGCAGUAACCAGAAUAAAUCUCAAAACAGAGCAUACAGUUUCUCGAACGCUGAAAAUAAAAAUGGCGGCAAUUCAAAUCUUCUCACAAACUAUCCAAACUGUCCUAUUCGAUUGUUUGAGACCUGAAUCCUCAACGACUCUCACCUGAAGUAAUGCCUAGGAAAACCAAAGAUUAUUUAGGAUGUAGGAUUGACCUGAGAGAGACAAGGUGUCAAGGAAGGAGUGUGUGUCUAGUCUAGCGGUCGGAAGGAAUCUUCAGUUGCAUUUUUUGUUUCGUAAUGAAUGCAAAAUGAAUGGAUUCUUGGGAUCUAUAAGAUUGAAUAAAUUU